GCGAUCACCUUAGCGACAGCGCGGGGCCGAGAAGCCGAUGAUCAAUCAUCCCACCUAGGCUCCACCUUGCCCUUGGACAGUUUUUGAUCACUAUUGUCUCGACCGUGCGCUCUGUCGCGCACUUUUCUUCGCUACCGUACUUCCCUUCCUUCCUCCAUACCCUCGCCUCAACUGCGGCGCGAUCAGCCGUACCCAUCACCUCAUCGCUGUUGAAGGCACUCCUCCGCGAGUAUACGCAAAUCCGCAUCCGAAGGACGGACGAAGGAAGCCCGCGGGAAUUCUAGAUUAUCCCCUCAUCCGGCGUCGCACAAUACCACUCCCGCUUCUCCCCUCCGCCUCGGACGCGCACACCAGCUUCCCUCUCUCACCCAGAUUCUCACCUCUGCUUCACUACCUUGGCUGACAUGGGCGGCUGCCUCUCGUCCCCUGUUCCUGGCGGCAUAGAAGUGACGGACCGCGAGCGCGCACUGCACCGGGCAGCGGAGAAGCAAAUGAAGGAAGCCAAGGCGCGGAUGGAGGCGCAGGUAAAGUAUCAUGACGGCGGUCUUCUCGCUCACCCAUGUUUUCGUGCCGUCCUUCUCCUCGGGUCUGGCGAUAGCGGCAAAUCGACCAUCUUGAAGCAAAUGCGGCUGAUUCACAAGGUUCCAUUCUCACCCCAGGAGAAAGAACACUUUCGGCAAUUGGUCUUCGACAAUCUCACCCGUGGCCUCAAGUAUCUUCUCGACGCGUUACCGGACAUGGAUCUCGAGCUCCCUGCAGUGUAUACGGAUGUCGACGAAGAAGGCUUCGUGCGUGGGUGGGCCCACGGCGGAAUAGUACAGAGAAGCAGGACGGAGAUGCCGAUCCAGACGAGGAGGGCGUCCUACCUACGCAGCUGGCAGAAGAUAUUGCUUUGGUCGAGAGUGCUGAAGAUUUGGGGGAUGGGGAGGUCUUCCCUUCUCGGUUCUACGGGGUGCGCAGGGUCACUGGUUCACGCUGGGUUUCAGGAGACUAACAAACCGAUGCCAGGCGUUGUCAAGACUAUGGUGAAGAGGUCGUGCGAACGGGUUGGAAGCGUGGAAACGAGGCCGCCGUGCCCGAGAAGUGCGUUCCCGAUUUAUCAUUCCGCUGCGCCCAAUGAACGAAUUCCCAGCUUGUACUACUAUUUCUCUCACCUCGACCGACUCUUUGAUCCCAAUUACCUCCCCAACGAACAAGAUAUUGUGCGUGCACGAGCGAGGACGAUCGGGAUCACAGAGACGACGUUCUCACUGAGAGAUCACGAGAUGCUCAUGGUCGAUGUCGGCGGCCAGAAGUCUGAGCGCCGAAAGUGGAUACACUGCUUCCAGGACGUUACCUCCAUUCUGUUUCUUGUCAGCUUGAGCGGAUAUGACCAGUGUCUGAUAGAGGACCGGGAUGCCAACCAAAUGCAAGAUGCCAUGACGAUUUGGGACUCGAUAUGCCACUCGCAGUGGUUCAAGCAAACAUCCAUCAUCUUGUUCCUCAACAAGGACGACCUGUUUGAGAGAAAGAUCCAAACUUCCGACAUCAAGACAUAUUUCCCGGACUUCGAUGGUAGGCCCGGCGACGCCAGUCAAGGGCGAGACUAUUUCAAGAAGCGCUUCGGGCGAUUAGCUCAGAAGGCUGGCCGUGCUAAGGAGCGGGAAGUAUACAUGCACGUGACGACAGCGACAGAUACGGAGUUGCUAAGAGUGGUGAUGGCUGCAGUUGAAGGUGCAGUGAGUGUUUCCGAUUCUAUGUCCACCUCCGCCCCUGCUCCGUUUUCUCUCGACUUCUGGCUGCAUCCUUGUAUGCUCAAUAUCACACUGCAGCAUCGUCCUGCGAUCAAACCUCGCUGGAGCCGCGUUGAUCUGAGGCCUCCAUGGCCCGAGCGCGAGAAUUGGAGCGGUCGCUCAUUGCCGCUGUUUCUGGAUAAUCCACGAGGAGAACCGCAUGACAGGAUCAUGAAAUACGAUCUGUGUGACACUUCAUCGCAGGCUGUGCCGCCUCCGUUGCGCUUAUCCUUGACCACGGCCACUCACGCACAUAUGGAUAUCGCCCCGAUCACUGACCGCCUCAAUGAAGACAUCUUAAUCUUAAUACUGAUUUUCUGCGAUGCCCAUGCCGUGCUCCAACUGUCAUCCGUCAACAAACUCUUCCACACCCUUGCUCGCUCGAAGCAAGUGUGGAUGACGCUUAACGCGGACAUCAUAGCGCGCAAUCUGACGGACGUCGUUCCGCCCUUGGCUCUUGAACAGCUCUCCGUUCCAGAGCUCAUCGCUGAGGCGCGCCGCGUUGCGCGUGGACCCUCAUCAUGGGCUGUAGGUUCAUCGCCUCAGGCUCGCUGUGUUCCUGCAAGAUCUAUAAGCCUCCCAUCGAUUUCUCUUGCCGAAGCCGAGCACACGCAGGUCCGACUUGUUCCAGGCGGCAACUAUGCGUUCCUGACCAGCGUACACGAGUUCCGAUGCAUCGAUGCACUCUCUGGUGAGGUCCUGUGGACAUGGAGCGGAGACUUGGUUUAUUACACGGAGAAGAUGGAGAUCGGUGGUAGGGUAAUUAAUCUGGUAAUAUUGUCGAGGGUGGACGAUAGAAGGACAGGCCUUGAGAUGUGGAGGCUGGACUUCUCUAGUUCCGUCUUGCAGCAGCAGAAGAUUCUCAACGUGGUGCUUGUGAUCGGACCCCGACAAUGCUCGUACCCUGUACUUCAUCAGGAUCUAAUCGGCGUCGCUUUCAACGACGCGGCCAAGGAAGCGAUCUUGGUCGUAAACUGGAGGCUUGCGUUGUGCGUAAUUAUCAAAACUCAGCCAUCAAGCUAUGCCCAAGACGUUAGUUUUGUUCCCAGACACAUGAUCUUGCUGAUGGCUUCUCCGGUCAAGCCACAUCACGCGACGCUCUUCAUCUUCUCCCGAAGAUAUCGCACUAGCUUCCAUGCUAGUCUCGAGCUUGAUGUCGACCAGGCAGUCUGCCGCAAAACGCUUGUUACCCAUGAACAGAAGUACGACUUCGAUCAUGCUGAGCAGUUGCUGCUGCAUAUGCGAAUGAACCCCCUCCGCCAUAACGCCUACACGAUCUUGAUUUACGGCUCGUUGUCUAACAAUGCUGCCGAGUCACAUGCUGCAGUGUUCACGUUCUACGUGUCGGUCACGGAUGGGAUACUGAAAUAUCGAACGGCACCGGUCAAAACGGUUGCAAUGGUCGAGGAUCCGGCGUUGUCUUAUUCUUCAUACGCCCUGGACCCGGAGAGCGAAUGCCCGAGGCUGCUAGAUGUGUCCACUCUGGGCCGCGACGAUCUGGAUAUCGCAUCUUUCCGCCCAGGGGCUUUCCCGGAGCGGGUGAGCGAUGCGCGACUAUCGUCGUUCGGCGGGACGAUCACCAUUCUUCAUGGCCAGACUAUGUUCAUCGAAACAUUUGUGUAG